AGAAGGGGGGCCUCUCGGAGAGAUUGUGGAGAGGGAGCUGAGAUGACUUGUCGGUCUGAAGAGAUGGCUCACGAUGUGUGCUCCUCUCUCCGCCAGCCAUCCUUGCUUGCUAUUUCAUGCUCAUGGUGUUUACUACAUCAUGCUAUUGUUUACCGUGGUCAUCUCCGCGCAUGCACGGGGCACGCAUGUAGCGCCAGCAGAUGUCGCAAUCGAAUACAGUGCCGAUGUCAUUGGUGCACAGCGUGGAUCCUGGAGAGGAGCGUGUUUGUAUUUUGUUCUGCCACGUCGUGCGCUGUGGUGCAUGGACUCUUAGUAGGCGCAUGCCCGCAGCGAGGCCUAUCGCCAAAUGGCACCGAAGGGCAGACGCGCGUGUGGUGGCCGUGGUGUGGUUAG